AUGGCAAGAAGCAUGUUAAAAGCGAAAGGUCUGCCAAAUGCGUUUUGGACUGAAGCAAUUCAUACCUCAGUGUUUAUUCUCAACAGGUCACCUACCAAGUCUAUCAAGGAUAUGACUCCUUUUGAAGCAUGGCAUGGGUUUAAGCCAAAGGUUGAUUUCUUUAAGAUCUUUGGUUGCAUAGCCUAUGCACAUGUUCCUUCUCAAAAGAGAGAAAAUGACAAGUCCAUGGCAUACAGAUUGAUUGAUCCAAGAACUAAUAAGUUGGUAUGGAGAUGGGAAAACAAACAAGGUGAAGUACAGAGUUUUUUGUUGGAACUAGAAACAUCAAAUUUAGAAGAAUCUCUGCUGCCCCAAAGUCCAAUUUCAAAGGCAAGAAGUCCAAUUCCAAGUGCAAGAACAUCUUAUCCUAGUUCACCAGAUUCAACUUCUAGACUAAAUGCAAGAACACGUUCAUUGGCCGACAUAUAUGAGUCGUGUGAUCUUGCUUUGAGUGCUUUGGAGCCUAAAAAAUUUGAGGAAGUUGUGAAAGAAAAAAUUUGGCAAGACGCAAUGGAAGAAGAAACUAGAGUUAUCAAGAAAAAUUCUACGUGGGAGCUUGUUGAUCAGCCUAAAUCAAAGGACAUCAUUGGACUUAAAUGGAUCUACAAGACAAAAUACAAUGAAGAUGGCUCAAUCCAAAAGCAUAAGGCCUCGGCUGGUUGCCAAAGGCUACUCUCAACAAUAACCUAG